AUGUCGUUCACACUGUCCAGAGACAACUACGCUUUCGAUGAUCCUUGUCGGAAAAAUACUCAAAACUCGUCAUGCUCUUGCGAAGAGGCUUCCUCAUGUGAACAUAAAGAGAGGAAUUCCUCACAUAGUGAUGUGGAUAUGUCGAAACCGUUCUUCAAUCCUGCAGGUCUCAACUGGUUCGUCACUGGUCUUUUCGUAGUCGGAGAUCUUGCCGGAGGAGGUAUUGUCGCUUUGCCCACAGCCAUCAUUCAAGCCGAAUUCUGGACCGGACUCAUAGUAUGUAUAAUUCUCAUCGCCGUCGUCACCUACACUGCCUACGUUCUCGGACUCAGUUGGAAUAUUCUCUUGAGCACUUGGCCAGAAUACCGUCACCACUGUCGUAAACCGUAUCCAGAAAUUGGUGGACGAGCGAUGGGACCACUUUGCAAACUUUUGGUAUCUAUAUGUAUCGAUGUGACACAAUUCGGAAUUUCUGUUGUGUACCUGCUUCUUGCCUCGAAAAACAUCCAGAAUAUGAUUAUUGCAUUCUCCGGUGGAAAUCUCUCAUUCUGUAUUCUGGUUCUCAUCGUCGCCGCGUGUCUUUUGCCGCUCUGUUUCCUCAAAUCGCCACAGGAUUUCUGGUGGGCCGUCGUCAUCGCCAUGAUGACCACCUCCGCCGCCGUCAUCCUCAUCAUUGUCGGAUCGCUCAUUGACUACGACGCGUGUCAUUCAAUCUCCAAACUCCCAAAAUUCAAAGUCACCAACCUCUUCCUCUCCAUGGGAACACUGCUCUUCUCAGUCGGUGGUCAUUCAGCGUUCCCAACAAUUCAACACGAUAUGAAGCAGCCAAGAGAGUUCACCAAAUCCGUCAUCCUCGCUUUUACCAUCAUGGCAUUCAUGUACAUUCCCGUGUGUAUUAUGGGCUACUUGGUGUAUGGAGACUCACUCCGUGACUCCAUCAUCCCAUCAAUUCAAACCGUGUGGAUCCAACAGGCCAUCAACAUUCUUAUCACAAUCCAUUGUAUUCUCACUCUCACAAUUGUGUUUAAUCCAUUGAUGCAAGAGGUUGAAGACGUCUUCCACGUCCCACAGAAGUUUGGAAUCAAACGUGUCUUCGUUCGUACCGGAAUCAUGAUUGCUGUCGUGUUCGUCGCCGAGUCUGUCCCAACAUUUGGCCCUCUUUUGGAUCUGGUCGGUGGAUCCACGUUGACUCUCACCUCUGUCAUCCUUCCAUGCCUUUUCUACAUCUAUUUGAAUGCGUACAAGAGAAAAGAAGAGAUUACUGGAAAGCCGGGAACCGAGCCAGCUAGUUGGAGAGAUGUUUUAAUGUACAAUGAGAAGCCAACACUCUAUAUUUGCAUUGCUAUCAUUAUCAUCGGAAUAAUUGGAGGAGGAUGUGCUACAUUCUCUGCUAUAGUGGAGCUAACUACAACAGAAUUCAACCUUCCUUGCUACGUGUCUGUCUUCAAAACGAGACCACCACUUGAAGAGGCUCAAACCAAUUGUUGUGGACCACUCCAGAAUGUGACCCAUAUCAUGAACGGUACAUGCAGUAGUCCGGAUCUUGGGUUCUAUAGUUAA